AUAUAGAACAGAAAGUGGUUUUAGAACUUGAUCACUCUCUUGGGUCUCUCAUUAGGAAUAGAGUAAAGGAGAGGGAUUUCAUUACUUGGUGUGUGGUUUUGCCUUUUGAGAGAUUUCUGGUCCUACCCAUGAGAGACCAAUCAAGAUCUUCAUGGGAAUCUAAGGAGAAGAAGAGAUAUGAUGUCAUAGGACCCAAAACUAUUUCCCCUGUUUUUCUGCAGAGACAAGAAAGUUUAGGUUUUUUCUGUAGCAGUUGAACUAAACCUUUCCUAAGAACACAACCACUAUAGGUCCCCCACCAAACCUAACCCAGACCCAUCAUCAUCAUCUUCCUUAUUUUCACAGGCUUGUUAUUAAUUAUUUUAUUUUAAUUGUUAUUCUCUUUGCUUGCUUUCCCAAAUGGCCACAGAUCAAGAGUUCAGCUUCCCCGUCAUUAAUGACUCUUACUCUUCUUUCUCCAUUGACUCUCCUCCUCUCUGGAAUCUGUCUCCUGCAACCUCCCCAAACCCUUAUUAUGGAGGUCUCAUCAGAGAAGAAGGCCAGAGAAAGAGCUUCUCAUGUAUAGAGAUUGGCAGGCUAGUGAGCAAUGAAGAAGAACAAGAAGACGAUGAAGGGAAGCAGAAGAUGGAUUUGUUGUGGGAAGAUUUCAAUGAGGAAUUGUCUUCUUCAAGAGAGAAGGUUGAGUUCAGAACUGUGGCAAAGAGAAGGAAUAGUAAUGCUUCUUCAGGUGCUCUGAUUCUUCCUUCUAAGAGUGGUAUUAGUAAUAAUAAGGAUAGGAAUAAUAAGCCUGGCAUGGUGGUGCUUGUGAAGGUUCUGAAGAAACUGUUCUCUAUUAGCAGUUCUCAGGGAAAACCCAGAAAAAGAGUAAUAUAGCGUAGUUCUGUAAUUAUUUGGAAACUGGGAUUUGGGGUUGUGAAUGAAAUUUUCUCUCUUUUUCGGCUAUGUUGAUUAUUGAUAUUGGAUUCACAAGAAUUAAGAGUUGAGAUGUGAAGGAGGACUCUGCCAUUUCUAAUGUAUAUAUGUGAAAUAGUAAAUAUAAAUUAUGGAGAAAUUAUACUA